AAUUCCAAUGAAGUUGGGAAGAUGUUUAUAUUGUAAAUGAAAACAGAAUACAAGGAUUUACAAAACCCUUUCAACCUAUAUUCAAUUGAAUACACUACAAAGACAACAUAUUUAAUGUUCAAACUGAUAAAACUUUAUUUUAACAUCGUCAUUUUACUUUAACAUCUACGGUCCAUAAUAUCAUCAAAAGGUUCCGAGAAUCUGUAGAAAUCACUGCACGGAAGCGGCACGGCCAGAAACCAACAUUGGAUGCCCGUGACCUUUGAUCUCUCAGGCGGCACUGUAUCAAGAACCGACAUCAAUGUGUAAUGGGCUCAGGAACACUUCAGAAAACCACUGUCAGUAAAUACAGUUCGUCGCUACAUCUGUAAGUGCAAGUUCAAACUCUACUAUGCAAAGUGAAAGCCAUUUAUCAACAACAUCCAGAAACACAGCCGACUUCUCUGGGCCCGAGCUCAUCUAAGAUGGACUGAUGCAAAGUGAAAAAGUCUCCUGUGGUCCGACGAGUCCACAUUUCAAAUUGUUUUUGGAAAUUGUGGACGCCGUGUCCUCUGGGUCAAAGAGGAAAAGAACCAACCGGACUGUUAUCGACACAAAGUUCAAAAGCCAGCAUCUGUGAUGUUAUGGGGGUGCAUUAGUGCCCAAGGCAUUGGUAACUUACACAUCUGUGAAGGCAACAUUAAUGCUGAAAGGUACAUACAGGUUUUGGAGCAACAUAUGCUGCCAUCCAAGCAAUGUCUUUUCAUGGACGCCCCUGCUGCUUUCAGCAAGACAAUGCCAAGCCACGUUCUGCACGUGUUACAACAGCGUGGCUUCGUAGUAAAAGAGUGCGGGUACUUGACUGGCCUGCCUGCAGUCCAGACCUGUCUCCCAUUGAAAAUACGUGGCGCAUUAUGAAGCGUAAAGACUGUUGAACAACUGAAGCUGUACAUCAAACAAGAAGGGGAAAGAAUUCCACCUUCAAAUCUUCAACAAUUAGUCUCCUCAGUUCCCAAAUGUUCAUUGAGUGUUGUUAAAAGGAAAGGUGAUGUAACACAGUGGUAAACAAGCCCCUGUCCUAACUACUUUGACACGUGUUGCAGCCAUGAAAUUCUGAGUUAAUUAUUAUUUGCAAAAAAAAAAAGCUUUAUGAGUUUGAACAUUAAGUAUCUUGUCUCUGUAGUGUUUUCAAUUGAAUAUAGGUUGAAAAGAAUUUGCAAAUUCUGUAUUCUGAUUUUAUUUACGUCACAAUUUCCCAACUUCAAUAGAAUUGGGUUUUGUAGUUUGGUUCACUUCACUUACACAAUUCCCUCCACCAUCUUCUGAACGCAUAACACUUCGAUAAAGGCAGAUUUUGUUCUUUCCGUACAUUUUUUUUCGGUACUGUUUGAUCAUUGAAGCUACAUUUAAGAUUAAAAUCUAACAUUUUAGACUCUGUCAGCAACCUUUUCGUUAAACUUUUCCACACUUUAAGCUUAUAGCUUGUGCAAGGAAAUUUAAGCAGGAUAUGAAACAGACUGAAAUGAAUAUUGUAGACCCUAUGACCUACACAAGCAAUCUACAAGACGGAUCAUUGCUGUAGUUAUUUUUAGUGCUCUUACUUUAGUAGUUCUCCAGCACAAUAUGUGGGUCCAAUAAAAUGUGUUCAUGUACUUUUGCGACAUAACUUCAUGAUUUAUGACCUUACAUUGAAAGAUUAAGUUUAAGUAAUGCUUCUUCUGAUGUCAGUGAGGUUGUUUUGGACCAAACCUUUCCUCAUGGCAUCUUGGUAGGACUCACGCUCGUAGAAAACUGCAGCGUGACUGGCUGAGUCUGGGUGGAGGAGGGGCUUUCAUCUUUCAGCUAGGCCCGCCCUCCUGCUGUCUGUCCGGGGUUUGGAAGCAAGGCGAGGGGGCCGCUUUUCGAGAGCCGUCGCUUCGGUCAAAUCGAGGGAGGAGAGUGGUCAAGAUGACUAGCAACAUCAGGUACAAAAGCCGGAUCCCGGUCAAAACAGGUGAGCGUGUUUUCCAGCUUUUAUUCACGGUUAUGUAUUUAUGGAGAGCAGAUUCAUUGAUUGCUUCAUGUUUCUGUGUCCCUGGGCGUCGCUCCGCAUCCCUGCACCUGCGCCGCCUCCUCAUCCAUCCUCUGAUGGUCAAUAGAUGAGAGUGCAGAGGUAAGAGACCCCCGUUUAUGGUUAUUUCUGCUUUAUAAAACGCUGUUUAGGAUGCAUCAAUGAUACAACACGCUUUGGAUAUAAUCGUGCUUGCCACGGCCAAGCUGCAGCAGCGCCAGCAGCAAUAUUUGCGUUUAAGAUAUGACAUUUUAUUGCCUUUAUCUGCGAUGUGCACUGCUAUUUAAUAAGUGAAAGGUGCUUUGAGGGCAGCCAUGCCAUCACAGGCUGAGCUGUGAUCAGCAGACUGACAGACGGAGGGGGGUGAGAUCUCAUUUUUAGACGCAUAUGUGGAGCAGGCCGGCGUGCAGCCAACAUGCUCCUCAAACAGCAGCAUCCAUCCUCUCCUCCCUGACCCUCCUCUGCACAAGGAGUAGCGAUUAUCCGUCACAGGGUGCACGAAAAGGCCUGCUAAAAUCAAACAUAACAUCAACACGACUCGUAGUGUUGGCUGUCUUUAGUGAAGCCUUCCUGACUAUUGUUCGGCUCAGAAACACAGCUGCCACAUGAGCCUACAGGGGAGGUCGCAUCUCUGAUGACCCUGGACCUUCCUCCUCCCCCUCCAUCUCCUCUUCCUCUUCGCAUGCAGCGUGUCUGCUGACCGGAGGAGAGGAGUAUUUGCAUGUGCUGAGCCUCAUGGUGCCUGGAUGAUUCAGCCAAGCUUAUACUGCUAGUAAAUGUGGAAAAGAGCAGAAUAAUUUAUGAUGCAAAAGAGCACCAUUUAAAGACACUAACAGCCUUUAAGCAAACUAUCAAAACCCUACAACAACAAUUAAAUAUGAAGCUCUACUGAAUCAUUUAUUGAGCUAAUUGGAGCAAGAUUUCAUUUGGUAGAAAGACCUUGCUGAUUUUUAAUGUUUAGUUCUUGCUUUUGUUGAAAUUGUUAUAAAAAAAGUGUCUCUAUUUCAACCUAUUCACUACCAAUAAUUCUUGCACGAAACUCUGAUUGCUGGCACGUUAUUUGCUGAUGUGCCAGUGUCUUUGAAAAGACUUAAGAUUUGCUGAUACAGAUGUUUGACAUCAGUGCAUCUCCAUUAGGUGGCCAUAAGAGCCGGGAUCUGUGGUGCUGUUUCUGUAAUGCUGACAUUUACUAAAGGUGCAUGGCGUAAAUGUAAGAAUAACUCCUUAAAGAUAACACAAUACACGCCCAAACUGACACAAACCACAGCCCCAAAAUGACCAACAGCCAGUCAACAUCUCCCUGAAUCAUCAGCAGCAAAACCUUUAUAUAGAUAUGAAUUAUUUCUGAUCUUUUGUAUUAUAAUGCAGAAGUUGUGUUAUCUAUGAGAACCUGAUAAAAAGACAGAUUAAUAGAUGAACUUAUGACUUAUGGCACAGAAAAAACUACUCUUACUACAUCAUUUAAUGAAAAUAAAUGUAAAGACAAGUUAUCAAAUGUUGAGACAAAACAGUGUAGUUUCAAAGCAUAUCAAUACCUUUUUUUUAGUUUAGUGUGUCACCUGGACUCUUCUCCUAUGGAGCCAUGCUGUUGUAAUAUUCGCAGAGUUUGGUUUGGCAUGGUCUUGAUUAUGUAAGUUUUUCCCUGAAAAACUUUUCGUCUACAUGGCUGCACAUGUUGCUCCAAAACCUUUACAUUGUUCAGCGCUAAAGGUGCUUUCCCAGGUGUGUAACUUCAAACUUCUGUGUAAGCUGUUAAAUGCCCCCUGGGCUAGAGACAUCAGAGGUGUUCCUGGAUCAUGUUUCUGGUUUCCUCUUUACAUGGUUCAGUUUUAACCUGCGUUUGUGAAUGCAGUGGUUGUUGGGAGUGGUCCUGAGCCCAUUCAGUGAUUUCCACUGCAGAGUCAUGCCUUUUUUAAUGCCUGAGGGCUCAAAGAUCACUGUCACUCAGUGUUGGUCUUUGGCCUUGUCCUUUUUGUACAGUGAUUUCUCCAGAUUCUUUCUAUAUUUAACGCUUUUAUUUUUCAUGAUAAAUUUCCCCCAACUUUCGCGAUGUUGCAUUGAGGAAUAUUAGGAAGUUGUUGAGCUUUUUGCUCAUGCAGUCUCUCACAAAGUAGUAAACCUCUUUUGAGAGAUUGAGCCACUGUGGGUAACCUUUUUUACUUCUCAUGUACUUUCCUGUUGCAAAAUAACCGAACGAGUCAGGAGAUGUUCCUCCUGGUGUUUCUUGAGCUGAACAACUUUAACAGUGGUUUGUUGUCCCUGUCCAAAAAUGAGUAGAAUUUCUCAAAACAAAUGCUUUUUUUUCAGUUUCAUCCUUGUAUGUGUCAUCCUUUACUAUCUUUGAUUUAAUAUAGGCUUUAACUGAUUUGCAGAUUAACAACAUCUGUUUUUAACAGCCUUCUAUAGCGUGCUGGCUCUUUCUGUUACUGGAUUUGUAUUAGCUAAAGGAGUUUAUCCUCUUCGUUAUUUUUUGCACAAAUGUAAGCCUGUAAAGAUAUCAGGUAAAAAGUUCAGCACGAGUGGACAUUGUGUUACGUUUGCCUAACGUAGGAUACUUGCAGUAAUAGUGAUAAGAGUAGUAGUAGUAGUAGUAGUGGUAUUAAAGGCUGAUCUAGAUGGUUAGAUGGGUUAAAUUCAAUUAAUAGCUCCUGUGUUUUCAUGACUGAGUCUAUAGCUGGCCAGUAUAAAGCUUUUUCUGUUUCUCUGUCUGAUAUUUGUCCAGUAUUUUGUUGUCUUUGUGAGCUUUGCUCUCCUCCCCCUCCUGACUGCUGGUAGAUAUAAGCUGGUUAUGUUACAAACAGAUUUACCAGAAAUUCCCACUCGGGUUAAAUCCAGUGGUUGAAAACAUUUUGCACACACACUCAAGCUUAUGAAAUCACUGCUAAAAUAUGUGGAUUAUAUGAUUGUUUCUUAUAAUCGUGUUUUUAGAUGCCACGUCUCCAGUGAAUAAGAAAGGCUGAAAAUGACCUUAUAUCUCAGCCAAAGCAGCUGCUGUCCUUUCCAGUAAAUAUUCAUUCACCCACUCUCAGUAUUUAGAUCAUGAUACAGUUUUUACACAUUGUGAGUUUUGCGAUGUUGGUUUAUCACUCCCACAUACUCUACUGCAGCUGACCCUGUUGGUCACUCGGAGAAAAAUAUCUCAGUUUGGAUCAUCCAGGCUGCAGCGGAGGAGGAACGAGAGCCUGAAAUAAAAAAUAAUGUUACACAGAGUGACUGACUGAGUGGUGAGAUCAUCACUGCUGAAAGAUUUUUAGUCGAUUACCAAUCCUAAAUCAAUAUUUUCCUAGCUUUCUCCUCUGUUCUCCCCUUCCUCAUCUUUCCACACCUCUCCCUCAUUUCACUGAACUAUGCCGUCACUUCCCUUUGCUGUGUAAUUACGUUGCCAGGCAACAGUUUUUUAAAAAAGAAAAAAGCAUUUUCAUGACUUCUAUGAAGGAGUGAGUGGACGACACAAUCUGACCUACCCACAAUGCUGUGUGGUGGUUGUUUUCUGUGUGUGUGGGUGGAUAUUCUCUGAAUAGUUAUCCAUCACAGAGCAGAAAUUAAAAUUCACAGUUUUUAAGAAACACAAUCAAAACAUCGACCCUGAUACGACAGAGCACACAAGCGUAAAAAUAAAUAUGCCUGUUGUGGUUGUCACACAAAAAAUAGUCACAGCAGUACAUUUAUUAUUUGUGAAGUGUUUAUUUACAGCAUGUUUCUGCUAUUAUUCACUAUGAAACAAGCAAAUAUGUUCUACAUCCAGUUAAAUAUGGUCACUAUUACAAAACCAUCCCAGUCUUGACAAAUGUAUUUUUGUGAGUAUGCUCUUCUUCAGGGGUUUUUCCUUUUAUGAUGGAGAAAGGAUAUUUUUUUCCAGAUUAAAAAAACCUUAUUCAUCCUGACUGUCUUGAGAAGUCUGUCAAAGUCUUAGAUUUUGUGUAACAUACUGACGUUCUUAAUUGAAGAUUUAACCUUAAUUUUACACACUUUCAUCUCUUAUUACUCAUUAGCCUUUGCAGGAUUUACAGCUCAAAGACUUGUUAUUUAUCUUGUGCAGGUGUCGGUGAAAACCCUUGUUUCUGCUGCUCUGCCAGAAAUGCUUAAUUUCGCCUACUCUUCAGCAGUGUAAAGUUAGACACAGCUCGAGGGUGUUACUUUUUUACAGUGUUGUUUCAUGGUCACAAAAUAACCCAAAGGUUAAUGGGUAAUGUUUUUAUAGCACUUUCUCUUGUGUUAUGACCACUCAGAGCACUUUUAGAUCACAUGUUCACCCAUUCACACCACAUUAGCCCACUGAUGGUUGAGGCUGCUAUGUAUAAAGGCCAUCAGUUUUUAGCUAAUUCUGCAGCCAGCAGGGUCAGGGGGGGUCAAGUGUCUGGCCGAAAGACACUUUGGCAUGUGGAUAGCCCUGGGAUCGAGCCUCUGACCUUCCAUAAAGUUUUACCUUUACAGAAAACAGCUGAGGCUUGCCAUGAGUGCCCAUGCUGGCACCCCAUUUGGGCACAACAUUUGCUAAUGUUACCUUAAUUGUUGUUAUAAUGUUACUUACAGCUUGUUCUCCUGUGGCUCCUAAUGUUUUCUGGUGCCAUAUCUUUGGGAAGAGAGGAUAGCUGAAACUCUUUUUUAACACCAACAGUCGCUUACAAGCAACAGAAGUAUUUCUGAGAAUCUGCAAAGUGCAGAGCAAAAGAAAAGUGGAGGUGAAGUAGACCUUUCAGCUUCGAGGUGGGCAUGUCCUUGACAGAGCUGAUUGUUCCAGUAGGACUGCACAGACUCCAGGGUGAAGCUAUGUCUUGAAACAAAAACUGCUCUCCUGUUGUUACGAAACUUCACAGAGGUUUAGUAUUAGUAUUCAGCAUUGUAACAUAAUAUGCAUGUAUGUAUGUUAGGGCUGGGCGAUAAAACGAUAAUGAUAUAUAUCAAAAAUUAAUUUCCCUCGAUAUCAAUAUGAAACAUGGUAAAUAUGCUUUUCGAUAGUCAGCAGUCUGCAAUGUUUUGGUAGACUAUACAAAUUGCCAAUGAAAAGGGGAGUUGCUCCGAGACGCGCCAGGCUGAACCAAUCGUGCUGAAUUAGAACCAAGUAGCAAACAACUGCAUAGUAAAAGGCUGCAGCUACAGCCGAACGCACUUUUGGUGAGAAAAAAAGAAAAUGAAAUGUCUUAUGAAAUGCAGAGAUGCAGAUGAAGGCUCAAUAGAUGAUGAUACCGUUGACAACACUGGCAUGAAAAUGUCGGUGGUGUGGAAGUAUUUUGUUUUUUUGAGGUCGAACAUGAAGCAGAGUAAUGUGCACUGAAAAUUAUGUUGAGUACAUGAUAAAUUUAAUUUAACAGGGAACAUUUAAGAUUGACAAGUGACUUUUUAUAUCAUGAUAUAUAUGGAUAUUGACUGAUAUGAAAAAAAUUUAUCAUGAUAAAUUUUUUCCCAUAUUGCCCAGCCCUAAUGUAUGUUUUAAAAAACUCUUCGCUAUGAAAGUUUUUUGCAAUGACUGAAUUUUAAAAAAUAACUUUUUAAAACAUACAAACUGUCCAAGAAAGUGAUGUGAAAGUAAAAAGUAAUGUAGGGAUAACACAAUGUUGUCACGUCUGUCUGGGGAGUCAUGACUGUUGUGAUAAAUUAGGGUCAGCGGUUACAUUACAUCCUGGAGCGGUGGACAGGAGUUGAGUCAGAUGCAUUUGUCUGUCCAUAUGUGUCACUUCCUUUCAGAUACACUCGACUAUCAUCUACAGCUCUCACUCCACCUCCAUUACUGAGCCCUCCCCUCUCUUCUCAAACUAACACCACAGAUGGAGGCUGCACUGUCUCCCAUUGAGGACCAGCUGUGGACCAGGAAUAGGCGUAACUCCAGGGGGAGGGUGGGGUGGGAUGCAGGCACUUGGAUUAGAGCCCCCCCGUGGAUCUGGCUUUCUUCUGCCUUAAGAAGAGAAUUAGAGAAAGGCCAAUUCAAGAAUUCCUGGACUUUCUUCACUUUGAUAGCUUUUGCUUUAUCAAUUCAAAGUUUUGUGUCAUGUUUCUUUAAGCAGCUUCUGAGUUGGAAUCAUGAUCAUAAACGGGAAACAUUUAGACCUGAGACAAAAAUAGUGUUUUAUGCAUCAUCUUACAUACAAUUUCUCAAAGUUAUGCCUCAUAUUCUGUGGGUCUGAACUUAGUCUGACUGUAGCAUCAGUUUGUAACGACCCACACAGCUGCAUCACAUACUUCUUACUGCACACGCUGGAGAGGCAUCAAGGAAUAUUUGUGCACACUGACACUAUAAAUGAAGCAGUGCGUUUAAACACUCCCAGUGUUCAUGUCUAAGAGUUGGUAAAGUCAGGUAUAAAAUACCUUUUCAUAAUGCUGACGAGCUAGUCAGCCAUGGUUGUUUGACUCCAAACAGUCAGGGUCAGCUUUUUUUUUACCCUUUGCUGCCACAGCCCUCUGCUUCUCCUUCUUUUAACACUUCUAAAAACCUGUGAAAUAGAUCUGACACAAUAUUUUCCUGUGUUUGUGCUGGUGGCCGUAACAAAACUUUCCCACGUGAUAAAUGACAAAGUUUACCAGCUGCAUUUACUGUAUAUCUCACCCUGGUUCCACAAAUAUAGCUAUGAAUGAUAGGGUGUUCAAAGGUUUGAAGAACUUUCAAACAGCAGCUUAGAAAAACAGUAGGAUGUGCUUCAUAUGUGUAUUUGUAAAAUCUCAUGACGAUUACUCAUAUGAGUCGCCACUAAACUGGGAGCAAAUGAGAAGACCAGCGUUUCCAUCUGGGGAGCUGUGCAAUCAGCUUGACUUCAAACUAAAUAUAAACCAGGAUGCCAUGUCUGUCUGUGUAAUCCUGCAGUAUUUUGAUUGUAUGGCACUGUAAUCACAAUAACCUACUUUUCUCAGUAUCAUGCCUGAUGAAGCAGCUACUCUGAUCUCUGUGUGUCUCUCUGCUGUGAGAGUUGGUGUCUUUGUUCUUCUUCAGGUGUCUCAGGAGUUCAACCCUGCACUGUGAUAACACGCACAUACUGUACUUUAACUCCGUCACGCUGCAAACAUGCGUGUAGAGCCUGUAACUAAGUGGAGCGUGUAGUUUGUCUUCUACCUGGAGCACUUCACCUCCUUUCCUCUCUCUGGGUUUCAAACAUAGCGCCGCAGAGCUCGUCGGGCUGCAGCUCUGAGUUUCAAGAGGCUUUUGGAGAGAACUGGAGGCUGCCUGACCCAGAUUGCGAGAGUCUCAGAAAAAUCUUUUUCCUUGGACUUGAUAUGGUCGGGAUUACAAAUUCUGUGGAAAGAGGGAUCAGGAGUCUUAACAGUUAGGCAACGAAUCAAAUGAAGAGAUUAUUUCAUAGCUGUUUUUGCCCUAAUUAACAGCAAAUCAGUUAUUGUUUUAAAUAAUGCUCAUAUAUUGACCAGAAUUGUUUGGUCGCGAGUAAACAACAGUUUUCCCACGGUUGAGUUUUUGAUAACAAUGUAAGUCUACAGUGUUCCUGGUUUUAACUCAGACCAGCUCCCUCUGAAGUGUAAGGACAACUUGUGCUCUCUAUUUUGGUCUAAUGCUUACUCAUCGACCUUCCUAAACAUUUUUGUCUUCCUUCAUAUUUAUAAUACCAUUCAAGGGUAUAGCCACGGCCACGCUCCCUCAAGGGUCCAUUGUCAUUGGAAAAGGCGGAUGCUAAAACUGGGCUUCUACAACAGAGUGUCCUUCACCGAAGCAAUUUAUUGUUGCUCGAGCAAUUACAUGCUGCCAGAUUUGCAUGUAAAAGAGACAAGUGCACGCAGGCCUUUGCAUCUCCAUGGAGAGAAAAUAGAGGAUAAAAAGAGGGGGGGGACUCAUGGUCCAUUUAUGUUGUUUUUCUACCCCUCUCCUUCUGUCUCAGCUCGGCCCCCUUAUCUGUCCCCCUCACCCUUUUUUGCCAUCCUUACUGGUGGACAGGCAACAGUCCAGCCAAAGCCAUCAGGGUUAAUGGUGUGGAAGUGUCAGCUGGACGACUGGGAGAUGCAGAGAGUCAUCGGUAAAGGUCACCGCUCUUCACUGCUACUUCACAGCCGGUCUGAAACGCAGCCUGUAGUUUGAGGCUGAGUAAUUAACACAAUUUCACACAGAGUGACAACUGAGUGUAAGGAUCACUGUCGAACAUGUUCUCCCCAAACUGGAGAGGGAUGGAUUUGACAUCUUUUACUUAUUGUCAAUACCAAUUAUUUCCACUUCAAAUUCUAUUGAACAUUUGUUUUUAAAGUCUUUAUUUUGAUUUAAGAUAAUGCAAAAGAUAAUGCAUCUUUGCUGGAUUCAAUACAACGUGGAGUCUGUCACUAUGAUCUCACUAAUUCUGAUAUCAUCUAUAGCUCAGUUAAUUGGGAUCUUGGUAUGGUCAUUGUGGUACAACAGAUAUGAUUGUGUCAAUUUGUUGAUUAUGAAACUCCUCUGAGCUUGUGGUUAUCUUUUGUGCUGGAUCUUUGUACAUAUGCCCCUUCUGUUUGUCCUUUUUUCAAAACUUUGCAACUACAUUUCCCCUAAAGCUGUGUGACCACCAACAGAUCAGAGUUGCUGGUUUGCUAGAAGCUGCAAAUAAAGCAACAAGACACUAACUUAGAGAAGAGGGAGACUGAAGUUAAUUUGAUUCUGAUGUAACACCUCCAGAUUACUGUUGUUUUUUAAACUUUAAAUCUUCAACCCCAACAAAUGUUCAGCAGACGGUAUUUAAAUUCAUCAUCUAGAAACACACCAAUUGGUUUUUACAUACGGUAUGUGCAGAGUUGGAUGUGGAAAGCAUGUGUAGUUCCCCUUUAAGGAAGGUGCUCUCAUGCACAUGAGAUAAGCAGCAUUUUGGUCAGAAUCAGCUCUGUAGUAAAGUCAGAUCUGCGUUUUCACUCAUUUCAGUAUUUUCAGCCUGACUACACAGUUAGUAGUUGUUGAAAUCAGCGUCCUCUUUGAAAGAGCUACAUUUAUACGUCUGUAAGUGGUGUCCCACUUAUAGAAAUGCUGCUCCUCUUUCACACUUUGAUCUAUGCAGAAAAUAGGACACGUCGCCAAGGAUAUUUCUCACAUAUUAUCUUGUACAAACAUGCUAACCAGUGAAACUAUCUGAAGUGAUCGUGCAGUUUGCACAUCUCGAGUCUUUUCACAUUCUGUUAAUACUGUAAGACGUCUUCUUCCGCCUUACUGUGCAGUUGUGUGUCUCACAACUGCAGCCUCUCUGAACUAUCUAGCAGCAGGGGAUGAUGGGUAUUCAGUUUGACUGGACUCAUUUGAUUAGUUACGUGUUUGUAUGUGUGCAUUUCUGUGUGUGUCCUGGCAGUGAAGUCGACCACUGGGGCCUUUUCAGAAUCAUUUCCUGUAAGGUCAUGAUUUUGUAUGAGUGAGAGGAAGAAGCUGAGCGCUGCCUGCUGGUUCAUGUCUGGACCUCUGCCUCUGCAGCUCAGUCCAAUAUAUUGACACACACACACACACACACAGAAAAAAGAUUGACAGAUGCAGUGUUCAUUUAUAGACUGGAAUAAAUAUCCUGACCGUGAAAGAGUCUGUUUUUGUACUUCUUGUUACAAACAUUAGUCAGAGUAGACACAAUAAUUUGCCUGCAUACUGAUCACAAACCAGAUAUUGACAGAUAUUGUGGAUUCAUCUGUGGAUUUAGAUUUAAAGCUACAGUGAGGAUUUUUUUUAACAUUUAUGAAAUACACCAAAAUUCUUACUGAUGCCUUUUUAUAAUAGUAUUCAAAAACAGGCAAGACCACUAGCAACAAGACUGACAUUUUUUAUACUGUUAUCUUAAUGCCUUUAAAUUGGUGUUUGAGGGUAGGUGUCAGUCAAGUAGCUGAAGAAACAACCCUAUAUCCACAAUCCAUGAUACUUUUGACUUAAAAAAGGCAGAAUUGUUUUUUUCUCUUUUUGUCUGAUGACAGAAAAGGCAUGUGGAGGACAAAUUGAAAAGAAACACUGCUUUGUCGACAGGGCAUGCUAAACUUGACAAGAACUAAAAGCCCCUCACAGGAGCUUUAAUUUAAGGUUUUAAAUCCAUGAUGGGACAUUCCCACUGAGCAUUUUUUGGUCUAAAAGAGGUCUAAUAGACGUCUAAAUGUAGCCUAGAUGACUGGUCUGAAACCAGGCUACCACUGGUCUAAAAAUGACAGUUUUUUAGACGUCUAAAUUUAGACCAAGUGUAGACUAGCCGGCUAACAGAGGUCUAAUUGUAUAUUGCUCAAUGGCGAUCAUAAUAGUUUUGGUUUAGUACUUGGAGAUCAGUUAUGCAACUCACAUUUGCUUUUUGAAAUAAAUAGUUAUUGAAUAAUGGGUUAAAGUGCAACGUCUAAAUUCUGUCUAAAAAUAUACUGAUUCUUUAUGGUUGAAAAAAAAAAAAUUAGACGUCCAAUAACCGUCUAUUGCUCAAUGGGAUGUAAAACAAUACAAUUAUACAUGAUACAGUCUGAUAUGACAAGGUAUAAUGCAAAACAAUAUAAUACACAGGUUUAGGCACAGUACAACAUGACAUAACAUAAUACACUAUAACACGACAGGAUAUGACACAGUGUGCCAUAAUACAACAUUAUACAACAAGAUGAAAGAUGGCAGGAUAAGACACAACACAUGGUACAACACAACACAUCACAACAUGAUACACUAGAUCUAAUCUCUGAGAAAUUAAUUUGGACUUUAAUCCUGCAAAAAUUAUGACAAGACAUGACAAAACAAGGCAUGACACAGGACAAUACAACACAAAAUGACACAAUAAGAUACAACACAGUACAGUUCACUUGAUUGUCUUCUUAUUGAAAUUCAUUUAGACUUGAGCACUACCCCCACAGCGGUGUAAAUACAUAAUAAUACGACAAAAAUAGGAAACAACAGUACAGUAAUAGUAACUAAGUAAAUCACUUUCAUAGUAGUGGGUAAAAAAAGCAUGUAAUGAUUGUGUUUCAGUUGACUGACAGAAAGUAGACAGACAACUACUGAGAAGUACAGCUGAGCUUAGUCACUUCAUAGAAAAACAUUCCAGAGGAUUUUUGGCUUGCAGAGUUACACUCUGAAUUUUCUCAGCUUUUGUUUUUUUGUUUGUCUAUUUUUUUACAGUUUGAUGCUGUCAAAGAUUAUUAACAUCAUGAGAGUUGAUCAGACAUUGCUGGCUUUAAAUGAAGUAGCCUCUGCUGUUAGUAGAUUACAUGUCAUGGGUGAUAUAAUCUUCAACUUAAACAUGAAGUGCCACAUGUCAACCCUGUCACUAUAAAGCUGAAGUCACAAGCUGUUUAACUUAGCUUAGCAUAAGACUCGUAACCGGAUAAUCCAGAAAUCUCCCUACCAGCAUACUUACCUGUUCAUGAUUUAUACCCUGUUCCCUGAAUCUGUAGAGAAACUAUGAAUAGCAGGAGUUUGUGAGUUUACAGUCAGUAUUUUUAAUUAGACAAGGCCUGGUGACUUGUUUCCUCUCUUUACCUUUUCUGCUUUAUUGACAUCAGACAGAUAUAGAGACAAAAGAUGCAAUAAAUGCUGUCUUAAAAAUGUGCAGACACACACAAAAAACAGAUUUCACUCUCAUGUAAAGGCAAAGAAGUGAGUUUUAAUCCUUUUCAUGUUUCCAAAUAGCCCAUUAUUCAAAGUCUAAUCUGGGCAUUAAUUUUUAAUUCAUUUUUUUUGUGCAGAGCUGAAUGAAGACAUGAGUUUUUGGCCUCACUUUGUCUCCAGGGAGUUGAGCACAAAGAUGAAUUAGUAGCUCACAAAAGAUAACACGUAUUUGUUCUGAAGUUUUCUACAUAUGUGUGUAUUGGAGAAAGAGACAGCUGGCAACUGUGAGGGGAAAGGUGGGGGGUUUUCCUGGGGGCUAUUCUAAUACCGUUUCACGACAUCUGUUCCUUUUUCUAUUCACAUUGAACCCCCCGCCCUCCUCCGCACACACUCACACCCUCUUUUAUGUCUCUAUAACAGUUCAAACUCUCCAUCAAGCAUCCUGAUUAACUUUUACAUCAGAACCAUGAGGACAAAAAAAGAGGGCUUUCCCCUAAAGAGGCAGCAGUACACCCAGACCAUCAAAAUGUCAUCUGAGUGGAGUCAUCUGUCUCCCCCUGGUGGUGUGGAGUGGAACUGUAACAUCCUGCACGUGGCAUCACGGCUGGGUGUGCCAACUAUUCAGGGAAGAAAAGAGAAAAAAACGUUUUUUUUUUUUAUGUCAAAGAGCGUUUAGGUCCAGCUGCCCACAUCAUGUAUGAGUUGGACACACCCUUACACACACACACACACACACACACACACACACACUGUCACAUCUGGAAGCAAUUGGCUUCAACCUCUGUGGGUCUUAUACCUCAUUUACCUCCACACACACGCCUGAAGUAAACAGAGGUGACACGAUGACUUAUCUGCUUUAUGUCCUUUUCAUUACAGUCUAGACUAGAACUAGAACACAGACGCUUUUAGACAAUCAGACCCCUUGAUGUUCGUUUAACCACGAGCACAAAUAAGCCAGCUGUAUGAUGACGUAUAUCUACCAUGUGGUUUAAUUUGAGCGACCUAAAAAAAACACAGAUAGACUGACGAUAGAGGAUAUAUAUCAUUUAACUUUCUGUACAGGAGUGAAAGAGAUUAGAGUCACUCCCAUGAUGCUUUCUGCUUUGUCUGAAAAGAAAGUUUGGAAAAUACAACAAGCUCCUUUAAUAAUUAGUUGAGUCUUAAUAAAUCUGUAAAAAUCUAAAGUGUAAAAGCCACAUAUAAAAUAGACUUUAAAGUACUUUUAAAUACGUUUUUCCUUUUUUAACUAUCAUGAAAUUGGCUGAAAUUCAUAUUUAUGCCUUUUCAUGAUAUCCAGGUAAAGCCAUGCUUUGUCCACAGAGGGCGCCAAAUUGACUCAGGCAAAAAGUUCUUCACAGGAGCUUUAAAACAGCCAGGUGGACUAAUUCAGCCAAUUUUACUCUUUAACUGUCUGUGAUUUUUAGCUUUAAAACACGAGUUGUUUAAAUUUUAAUAUCAAGCUUGCAGCAUAAUGAGACUACAAAUCUUCAUUAAUCUUAUCUGGCAUUAAGUCUUUAUUUAAUUUAAUUUUAUUUUAUGUUUUUCACUUUUAGUCCUUCAGAAGUGGUGACUGGCAUUGCAACAUGAGAGCGCUCCCAUUAACAUGACCCUGUAUAAUUAUUUGGUCUGCAGCAGCCUCUGUGUCCACACUUGGUUAUUAAAAGGACGAUGGUAACCACUAAGAGUGGCGUUAUGAAAAAGAGGACUCUCACUGUCAGCACAUUUGCUGGCUUUACUUCUGACCUGAGUAAAUCCUCUUUGGGACUCCUUGUCAUUAUUUAUGUAACUUCAAAAUGUAAGCAGAAGGUUUUCUCUUUCGACUUCUUGAGUAUGAUAGAAGAGUGAAGAAAUCCAGACACCUGCUCAAACAGCAAAGAAGGAAAUGACUUUGAACAAGUGCAGCUGCAGUGAAGUCUUUCUUUCUGUUCUGAGAUUUAUGUGGAGGAUAUUAUUACUUUACACUCUGAAUACGGUAUUUUUUAAUAAUAUUCCCUAUUGUUGCACUGAUUUAUUCUUUCUCUCAUCUUAAGACUCUAUAAUCCACGGGUCUAGACGGUUCUGAGCGCCCUCUGUUCAGCCUGUACACACAGACUAUUCACCGAACUCUCUGAUUGACAAGUUUAUUUACUGAAUAAUCUGAUAGUCUCACUCCACAGGUCUGAACUUGAAGACCUUGUGUCUUAUGUUUCGCCAGAGUCACACUGCGGCUUUCCAAUGUCAUGUUCAAACUAGUUCUUUUCUGUCUCUUGUCUUUUAACCCCUGAGGUCAAAGAAACGUCGACACUUUCUCUCUGCUCCUCCUUUUUCUGACUUUCUCUGUGAGCUGGUGGUCACUUCUCUCAGUGUAGAGUUUUAUUUUUCAACUGUCGGAGCUGGGGGAGGGAAUACAGGCCGAAUGAAUGAGUUUCUUUUAGACCUCCGCUUCUUCCAUCCCUCCCUUGUUUCCUCCCUCAAAUUGCCACCUCUCUCUUACUCCCUCGCUCCGUUUCCCUCCCUCUCAGUUAGAAUUCCUCCGUACCUGUCUGAACAGGGAGAGUCAGAGCGCCGCAGGGCAGACGGAAGAAAGAAAGUGAGAAAGAAAGGCAGGGGGGAAAAGAGAGAGAGAAGGGGGAAAGUAGGAGGAACAGAGGGUGCAUAUUUAAAGAGCAACAACAGGAAAAAGGUGUGUUAGGGGACAACAGAUAGAGCGCAAGGAAAGAGUUUAUCAAGGUCUCAAGGCUUCAAGUUUGCUUUUCCUCUUCCCUGCUGGGCUGUUUGUUAACUUCUGUGGGACCCGUGGCUAUUUUGGUCUGUCAGUGUCGGAGCGGUUUGGGAUGGAUGCCAUCAUGCUGCAAGAAAAACUGGUGGAAAGGCUGCUUUGCCCACGAGUUAGAACGGCCAGGCAGAAGGUAAAAAAAAUGAUUUCUGUAAGGAAAGUCAUAGAUGGAACAAUGAAAAAAAGUUCAAAUGUGAUUGAAACAAAGAUAAAGACUUGAGGAUUUGUUUUAGAUAGUUAAAGCUGAACCAUCCACAACCUCAGACCUAGUGUGAGCAUCUUUUUCAGCUUAUAUUUCUCUCUAUGUAGCUGUUUACUCUUCAUGGUGACAGAUUUAUCACCGGGAUUUCUUUAUCAUCACUCACUGAUCAAUCCAUCGCUUUCUUCUUCACUUUCAGCAAGUGAACAGUGUCUGACUGCACCACCUGUGGUUUUUCUGUGUGGAUGUGUGUGAUUUUUUGUCCUCACCCGCGGCGAUGGUCGGAAAUGCCUGUGACAAGUUAUGACAGCUUAUGAGGACUCCGGCUGUGUCUUUUAGUGGAGUGUUUGCAGAGUGCAAAAAGAGCUUUUCAGGUCUGUUGAAUGAAGCCUCUGUGUGUGUGUCUGUGUGUGUGUGAGUGUGUGUGAAUGCUCUUGCAGGCUUUGAGUGUGUAUUUACAUCUGCACAUGUCAUGGCGUACUGUAGGGUGAAGAUGACGCUCUGCCAGAUGCAGCACUGAGAGUUACUGUCUGACCGAGAGAGAGAAAGAAAGAGAGACUAGUAUCCUCCAGUUCCCUUUGUGUGUUUCAGUCAGAGUCUUAGUGGAAAGUCUGAGGCUGGGGUUAUUCUGGGGAACGCUGAGCACGUGUUUUUCCACGCACUUGUAGAUCUUCUGCAUUAUAGACGUCGUCUUGUCUGUUGUGGUUUACUUUAUUGGAUCAGACUCUGCCAGACACAUUUUGUUUUCUCAUUAGAAACCCUCCUAACCCCUUUACAGUUAUUCUGUGUGCCUCUGUUUCAGCCCUUUGUAUUUGACUAUACAGUAUGACCGAAGCAAUUUGUUGAAAUCACUGAAAGUUACUUGUUUUGGUAGUUUAAUGUUUCACUGAUAUCUGUUAAGAACAUAUGUUUGUAGUUUUUAGAUGAGGGCUGUUCCUGCUAAUGCAGUAUCUUUCACAAUGUGGAACAUGAACAAAAAUGUGCCAAUUUAUGUCCCACCACCAAUCUUUGGUCUUGGGGACAUGGUGAAUAUUUCUGUCAAACAUUUCAUGUAACGACUGAUUGUUUCAGCUCUACAAAUAUCACCAUAACAAUCAUUUCAGCCUCACAAUACCCAAGAAACUUGAGUCUUGAUACUUUUUCUUUUAUUCAUUUUUUUUGUCAUAGGAGAAACAGUAUGUUGGAUUUGCAACUUUGCCGAACCAGGUCCACAGGAAGUCUGUGAAGAAAGGCUUCGAUUUUACUCUGAUGGUAGCAGGUCAGUAUGUUGAGGAAGAAACAUCAGAGCAAUUUCUCAACCUACGCCUCAGUGACCAGUUUACACUAUUCACCAGCUAAUGCUAACUAAAUCUAACAAACAGGCCUACAAGUCACCUCACAUUCAUUUACAUUGUACUGUGUUGUAACAUGUUUCUCAUCUCUUACUCCAGGGGAGUCUGGCAUGGGUAAAUCCACUCUGGUUAACAGCCUGUUCCUCACAGACCUCUACAAAGACAGGAAGUUACUGAACGCUGAGGGUGAGCUCACUGAUUGUCUCUCUGUACCAGUAACACUGUUGAUAAUCUUACAUUUGAUUUCAGAUUUGUGACAAUAUUUAGUACAACUGUGACCCUCGAUCUCUGAGUAAUGUGAGUUAUUCCUUGUUCACACCAUCAUGACCAGGCAGGUUAUUAGAUAUUUAAUAAACAUAGUAAAUUUGAAGUAAAAGGCGCAAAUAUCAGUGCGCUAAUGGCUAUAAUAUGUAGUUUGAUAGAGCUGUUACUUGUUUCUGUGCGCCAAAUCUUUGAUAAGCAGCUAAGACUGAACUUUGGUCGUGCUUCACUCAAAAAAACCCUCAUUAAAUGUUCCAUUUAAUCCUGUUUAAGUAGUGUAAGAAAAAUAACUACAGUUCCCAGCUGAGAGAGGCCUUUCUAUGAUCCCUGAGCUGUAUUUCAGCUGCAUAACCUCAUUUUUUCCCUCCUUUGUGUCAACUGCUUUGUAGAGCGAAUCAACCAAACUGUGGAGAUCAUCAAACACACUGUUGAUAUUGAGGAGAAAGGAGUCAAGCUCAAGCUGACCAUCGUGGACACACCGGGGUUUGGAGACGCCGUCAACAACAACGAGUGGUGAGCUGAGCAGGAGAAGCUGAUGAUGUCUGAUUCAGUGUGCUAGUUUGAAUCUCCAGAGUAUUGUAGAAGUUGCUCACUCAUCUGUGUGUGUGUGCUGGUGUGUUUGUACUCUAGCUGGAAGCCAAUCACAGACUACAUCGAUCAGCAGUUCGAGCAGUACUUCAGGGAUGAGAGCGGCCUGAACAGAAAGAACAUCCAAGAUAAUCGAGUCCACUGCUGCCUCUACUUCAUCCCUCCGUUUGGGCACGGGUAACUUCUCUCACACACCUAUACUCAGACUGAAACAUCAUCCUUUCUGCCCCUAGAUUUCCCUGCAGAGUCCCUCACUGAUACUUUCCUUGUUUUGAGGGACUUUGAGUACCUCUGUCUCAUGCUCAGUCUGGAUUUGUCUCCUCAGACUGCGUCCGGUGGACGUGGAGUUCAUGAAAGCUCUUCAUGAAAAGGUGAACAUCAUCCCUCUCAUUGCAAAAGCUGACUGCCUAACACCCAAUGAGAUAAAGAAGCUCAAAGACAGAGUGAGUCCCAGAACAUAUUUAUUUAUGGCUGUUCAUAUCGUUCCCAUGAAGGAUGUAAACUGACUUUUGUGGUGUGUGUGCGUGUCUCCAGAUACGAGAUGAAAUAGAGAAGUUUGGGAUCAAAGUGUACCAGUUCCCUGAAUGUGACUCGGAUGAGGAUGAGGAGUUUAAACAGCUGGAUAAGGAGCUGAAGGUGAGUACGAGCAGCCAGAUACCUGACACAGAGUCCACUUAAUUCAAGACUUAGUGCAGGUGAGUGUAAACUUAAGCCCCAGACUGGGGUCAGUGAGUCCUCUGCAGUUGUGUUUUGCAGGACUUUAGUCUGAAAUGUUUCUCCUGAGGCACCAAAGAAAAGCCUCUAACGAGAAUUUUUAAAUAGUUCUUCAUACUUCUUUAAUUAUUCUUUCCCUCUUUUUUCUCUCAUUCUUUCUAUAAACUGAAACAGUCGUCAGUGCUAGUUCAACCUUAAAUCUUCUUGUACUUAAGACCCAAGCUGCAACUUCUAGUCUUGUGAAAUGAAGUAAAAGCAGAUGCAGAAGUGCUAAAAACUGCAGUUCCUUGUGCAUGAAUUUGAGGCUGGUUGUGAAAACACCAGGCGCCUCAUACACCCACUGAAAAAUCAUGUAUUUAACAUAAAAACAAACAUGUUCACAGCCAGGUUCAGAAAAACUAAUCUGGUCUUAACAGCAAAUUGCUCUGUUAGCACGCCCUGCUUGGAGGUGUUUUUUUAAAAUAACUGAUUUUAAAGAUAUUGAGAUUAUGAGUUUCACAUUAUAGAGACAUAAGUGACUUGAUUGACAAGUGGGAACACUGUUGCUGUUUGCUAGGGGGCUAAAGGCCCGUCUCAACACCACCCCUCUGCCUCAUGUUGAGUUGACAGUUUCCAACCGCCUUCUAAAAGCUCAGCUUCAGAAACUAACGGGUGAUGUCCCUUAGACUGCGUCCAUGUUAUACAGAGUCUGUGUUAAGACCCCAGAAAGUAUGCAAGUAUACAGUUUUAUAAGCCUCAUAUAUCAUAGGUUGUAAUUUUGAGCAAUCCAUUCAUUUUUCACAACUUCACCAUUAAUGUUUCUUUUUAUAUGAGUGAGUAAAAAACACUCAAGCAUUACUGUAAGUCCUGAUUGUAGAAAAGGCAUUUCUUAAUAGAUGAUUGAAAUUGAACUGUAACAGUUGAACAGCAGCUGUUCAAAGGUUUUAGACCGAAUCCACAUAUCAGCUGGGAAAAUCUGUGCUAGAAAAAUGAACCACAAACAGCCUCAGCCACCAUCAUAAUGCCUCUGCAGCUGCUCAGCAGUCUUUAGUGAGUAACUGUGAAUACGUACCAGGUUCCAGCAUGCUCAGUCAGCUUUCUUCGGAUUGAUAAGGGAUAACAAAAACAAUCCACCCCCUUGUUUCUCUGCGUGCAGGAGUGCACCCCCUUCGCUGUGAUCGGCAGUAACACUGUGGUGGAGGCUCGAGGGCAGAGAGUCAGAGGGAGGCUGUACCCGUGGGGCAUUGUUGAAGGUGGGUUGAUGAAUUAUUAUUACAUCACCUGUUCAAGCCUAAAUGCAAAUCUGACACAGUUUGAACAUCAUAACUUUAAUGAUUUCAAAUGUUCUUUGCUCAGUGGAGAACCAGUCGCACUGUGACUUUGUGAAGCUGAGGAACAUGCUGAUUCGCUCACACAUGCACGACCUUAAAGACGUGACCUGCGAUGUCCACUAUGAAAACUACAGAGCGCAGUGCAUACAGGAGAUGACCAGGUGAGCCUGAGAAAUUAAAUGAAAGAGAGACACGGUGUUUUGUAAACAUCUCAAAUACCUGCUGAGGUCUACAGAUUUUAAAGGAGAUUAUUUUGCUUCACUUCACUGUAUCCUUUCAUCUUUUCCCUCCUCUUCCACUUUCUUCUUCUUGUCUUCAGUAAACUGGCUCAGGACAACCGUAUGGAGAGUCCCAUCCCCAUCCUGCCUCUCUCCACCCCAGAUGUGGAAACUGAGAAGCUUAUCAAAAUGAAAGAUGAGGAGGUAUAACUCACUCCUUCGUAGACACAUUUCAACAACACACUACAUAUUUGUGAUAGUUGCGGGGUUUCUGCAAAAUAUAGAUUAAAAUGUGUUUCUGUAUCGGUUGAUUAGAGGGGAAAACGUAGAAAAACUGAGUUUAAAGCUCCUGUGAAGAGAUUUAAACUAAUUUUUUAACUUGUUUUUGAUGCUUGCAAUUGGUAUGUGAGGUUCUAUGUCAGCCAAGCUGCUGGAGAAACAGCCUUUGCACAAUUUCCACAUAAGAUUUACACAAUAAAUUAUACACAUGACUGUCAAAAGAUUUUUCUGCCAAAAACCAUUACUCAGGCAUGUGGAGGACAAGAUAAGCACAGACUGUUUUGUCCACAGGGGGGCACUAAAGUAGAUACAAGUGAAAGUUUCUCACAGACACUUCAAUGAAAAAUAUACUUAACAAUACAAAAAGAAAGAAAAAAGACAAGACAAAUAAAAAUAAAUCAGUCAAACAUUAACAGAAACAGGAAAAAUCUAAAGGUGACAAAAAAGUAAAAAAAAUAGUGUGUUAAUUUUUAUAUUACUAUCUCAUAAUCCUCUCAAAAUCAAAACACAAUAAGAUUGUGAAAAUAUAAUGUGCACUAAAAUACACAUAAUUCAUGAAAAUGUUGUCAUUUUAAAAAAUGCAGGCGAUCUAAAUAGAUAGGUUUGCAUUACCAGCAUUGUUAAAAGAAGAGUUAGCAGCUGUCUGCAGGUCUAGCAGAGACAAAUCACAGCAGUAAUAGGACCAGAAAGGAGACCAUGGAAACACACUGAGGCUGUUGAUAGUGAUAAAUAAGUAAUGAAUCACAGAUGCCAUAAUUGUAGGGGUUUACUUCAGGCUGCAGUAGUACAAGAAGGUAAACACUGUGUUACUGAAAACAGUCAAGAUUAAGUUUAAAGUCUUUUCUGAUUUGUUCUCAGAGUCCCCUCUUUGUUGAAAUUGGAAAUUAAAGUCCACCUAUUUUAAUAUUGAUCAAUUUUUUUUACUGCCAGUUUCUCUUAUUUAUUUAUUCAUGUGAUUUUAUUUUUAAAUUAACUGCAUUGAUUUGGAUCUGUAAGCUAUCAUCUGUAUACUGUAUAUAUCAUUUGAAAUGCAUUAUACUCAAUCGAAGACUAAUGCAUCACACUCUUUAUCUGCGGUUUAAUCACUCUUAAACCUCUCUCUCUCUCUCUCUAUCUCUCUCUCUCUCUCUCUGUGCAGCUGAAGAGGAUGCAGGAGAUGCUGAAUAAGAUGCAGCAGCAGAUGCACGACAAAGAACAGUGAUGUCCCCCCACCGCAGAGCUGUGCUGCAGCGCCCCCUGCUGUUUCCCCCGCUGAACGACAGCAAGACCUUCAGAUGUUGAACAUGGAUAUGACGUGUUAGUGGCGACUCUGGCUGUGCAUUUCUCCUCAGUUUGGUGCUUUGUAUAGUUUGUCUGCCUGGAUGGUUUUGAUCGGAGGUUUUUUUUUUUCCUCUCUGGAAAUAUCCGUACAUCCGUUUUGAGCCCCCUCCCACCCCUGGUGUGGUUUAACAGUCUUAACAUAUAUAAUAUAAAUGCAUAAUUUAAAAUACUACUCAGUGUAUCUAAUUUAUAAAUGCAAUGCUAAACUUUUUGGAUAUUUUGUCAGGGUAUGUGAACAUGUGUGCUACAAGAUGUUUUGUAAAGAAACCGAGUUUGUUGUUAAUGUUGAAAACUGAUCAUGGAUAUUGUUUUUUAUUAUGUGUUUGUAAGUGUGUGUUUGGAUGUGUGAGCUUGUGUAUCUCAUGAAAUUUAAUCCAGUAUCAACCAAUUAUCCGUCCAUUUAACUCCUGUUUUUUCUCUGAACCUCAUACUCUGUUAUUUUGCUCUUCGAUUCUCAUGAAAACCUUAAUAGGAUGUUUUUAUUUUCACAUAUGGCAAGUCAAAAUAUCCUCUCCCGGCAUUUUUUACAUGCUGGCUGGGCUGGAAAUGCACUUAUUGCCAGUGGCUUACUGUGAAUGAAGAGCCUUUGACAUAAUGAGAGGGUCGGAGCAGUGCAGGGUGCAUGUGAGAGCAUGCUGCCAUUACUCAUAUCUGCUAAAUGCUGAGGGCCUAUUUUUACUGCUUUAUAGUCGAUGCCCUGUGCUUGUAUUAAAAACCUUUCAUGAUUUACGGUCCGCUCUGUUUUUUAAAAAAAGAUCAGUAACAAAGAGAAAAUACUGUGUCUUUGCUUCAGUUUUAAUUUACUCUGAAAGUGAGCUGCUGCAUUUUGCCAGUGAAGAUGUGUGUCCUGAGUGCGUUAUGAGCGUUCAGUGUGUGUGUGAGUGAGUGUGUGUGUGUGUGUGUGUGUGUGUGUGUGUGUGUGUUUGCUGAAGCUGAGAAACAGUUCAUAUUUUGCCUGAAGUUUGUGAGCUCAGCCUGUGCCCUGUUUAUAAAGGUGUUAAAAAUAAAUUUCUUGUUUCUGGAAA